UUUGUUUUUCCCCCAUUUUCCCGCGUUCUGCUCAGAAUCACUACUUGAUUCUUCCCAAAUCUCCUCUUCUCAACUCAAAUGCAGCGCGAGUUAAUCUCGCAGCCAUCCAGCUACCGCAAGCUGUGCAUCGAGUACUCUGAUGCCUGCAGCCUCGUCCCGAAGGAGCGGACGGUCGAGCUCGGUGACGUGCUCUUCAGCUCGCCGUGCGAGUACCAGCUCAUGACGACAAAGACGCACUCCUCCACUCCCAGCAACACAGGCUCAAGCAAUGCAAGCGCAGGCACCACAACAACCACCACAACAACCACCUCGUCGAGCUGGCUCAAGGGCGUCGUCUACGUCGCUGUCGAAGGGCUGCUGCUCGCGCCACCGCCAAACGCAGUCCUCGCCAGCCCUCAGUCGCAGACGAGCUACGACAACCCGAUAGCUGAUGCCACGCAGUGCGUUCCGUUUGCAAGCGUGCUGAACGUCGAAGUCGCGCGCGCCUCAGUGUUGCCAAUGUCAGCGCUUUGCUUGUGCAUUGACAUGCUGCUCGGCGAGCUGGGCGGCCAUCGAUCUGUCGUCAGGUUCCGCCUGUGCUACCUGCCGCACUUGGAGUCGCUCAGGCUCAUCAUCUCGAUGCUUUUGCACCGCGACGGCGAGCUCGGCAACAGUGCCGUCGUGCAAUUUGGCGACGUUUCCAACGCACUCCGGCAGAGAAUCGCCGUCGACCUGAUUGAAGCGCGCCGCCGACCUCGGCACUUUGCCAAGCGAUCGCACGACGGGCGCAUGCCGAAAGAGAUUGCUGCGCUUGGCGGAGCCAAUUCUGCAGCCAAUAACUCGUCCAACGCGAGCGCGCGAAACGAACUGCUCUCUGGUGCCGUCCAGCACAACCGCUACUCGGACAUGCACAGUGCGCGUGGCAAGGAGGUCGCCAGGAUUCUGGACGAGGCUGACGGCGCUGCCGACGCCUCUUUGGCAGAGUUGCACCGCCAGGGACAGGUCAUCAACAAUGUCAAUCGCAAUCUGGACAAGAUUGACGGCUCGCUGCACUCGUCGCACGCCAUUCUCAACUCGAUGAAGUCCUGGACAUGGAUUCUCAAUCCGCUUGCGUGGGUUGGCGCCUCGGCCUCGGCCUCCGUUCCAAAGGACGCGGCCGCUGCUGCCGUUGCCGCUCAGGCUGCCAACGACAAGGUCUUGCGAGAGGCCCUCACUCGGCAGCUGUUUGAAAUCUCUGUUCUGACCUUCUCCGACUCCUCGCAGCCAUACCUCCCAGUCACUCCCGCCACGCUCCGCGUGAGCCGCGACCACCUCGAGUUUUGGCGCGACAGCAUGCCCAAGCUGAUUCCCAACAGCUCCAUUGCCGAGGUCCGUUUCACCCCGGUGCCUUACUUGAUUGCGCUCGACUACCGGCAGACGCCCCAGGCUCUCCCUGUCGCCAUUCACAUUCUCUCGCGCGAUCCGCAGGUGCUUCUCGCCAUUCUUGAGCGAGUGGCUGUCAUGGCGGGCGGUGCCACUGGCGCCCAGCGUCAUGCAUACAAUGCUGCCCAAGAGGCGCAGUUCACUGCACAGUCCUCCUCCAAGCCCACCAUUUUGGCAGGGCGCAGUGGCGCGAGCGCCGUUCAGCAAGAGCUGCACCAGCCCACCUCGUUCCAGCCCCACGUCGCCCAUGUACACCGUGCUUCCGCGCUCGGCCAAGACACAAGCCGCGACAGCACCAAGGGCGACUGGCCUCACACGCAAUCCCCCGCCAACGGUAGCAGCAAGCAGUCCAUUUCAAAGAGCAGCAGCACCGACAGCGCGAGUUCCAACCGCAGCAAUGGCGACUGGCACCGCCAGCAGCUCCAGCAGCGACAAGAGCAAAUCCAGGCUUUCGAGAACGAUCUCGGCGCUGUUUCUUCUCGAGUCGGUGGCCUAAAGCAAAAGGCCGCCAUCAUGGGCGCCGAGCUUGAUAUGCAGAACGCCAUGCUUGAUGAAACGCAGCGCAAGAUGGAUCGUGUCGAAGGCAAGCUCGGUUCUGCCCAGCACAAGGUGCACAACCUCAUGAAGUAGUGGGUGAAGUCGUGGGUGAUUGUUUUUUUUUUUUUUUUUUUUCUUUUUUGAAUGCAUGGGUGGUUUUGUACUUUUACUGAAUUUGGGGUGCACCUCCGAUGAAUGAUUUUUGGAGGGAUUCUGUAUAAUACAUCGUUUCAAACAGCAAGA